CUUUCCUUACCUAUGGUAAUAGGGCAAGGAAAGUAAAAAAAUCAGAACUACAAUAUAAAUUGCUAGCACCAAUGAAUAUAGUGACUGGACUAUAUCUCCCUUCUUGAAAAGAGAUUUGACUGUAGCCACUUUCUAAACUUCCGGGAUCCUCAAUUAUUGUCUCCAGCACAUAUCAAAUGGAGGAAGCGAAGUUUGAAGAAGAGUUCCCUAUGCUUGAACGGUUCCAUAUUUAAACCAUCCGGUCCAGCUUGUCUUAUUUUAUACUCUUUUCUCACCUUGUAUUCUGCAGGCUAAAACCUAUUUAAUUUUAAAUUUCCGUUAAUAUUCCUAAAUUGAAAAAUUUUGAAUUUAUUUUAAAUUGAAAAAUUUUCAAUUUAGAAAUACCAAUGGAAAUUUAAAAAUAAAUAGGUUUCAGCCUGCAGAAUACAAGGGUAGAAAAGAGUAUAAAAUAAUAAGUUUUAUCACCCAGCAUUGGACAAUGAAGCGACCAAUGACGACUUGCAGGUUGCAGGGGCAGUGGGCGCGCACAGGCUCACUCAAUGACUGGAAAAAUAUACACCUAUGCUAUGCGUAGAGUGACUGUAUUUACCAAGGUUUUUAUUGUUUAUGCCACAAUUAACACCACACAUAUAAGUAAUGAGUUAUGACAUAGAAAUGGAUUGAUAAGAAAAUGGUUCAAGACCUUUAACGUGAAGGUGAAAUAAAGGUACUUGAACCGAAAAUGUCGUGGCGCUAAUCAUCAUACGACCGCGGCGCCCGGGGCGACCGCCCUGGUCGCCCCACCCUUUGGGCGGCCCUGCCUUACAGUAAUGUACUAUUCAAUGAGCAUCCACUGUACACUAAGCCAUCUAACCGGAAUUUGAAAAUAAUAAUCAUCUAAAACUCAAAUUUUUAUUUUUACCCAUUUAUAAAAAGGUUUCAAAUCAAAUCAAAUGUUUUUAUUGUCGUUCACAAUUAUGCAUGUAUUGACAAAGUCAUGAAAACGGAGCAUAGUCCUUAGUCUAAAGCCGAGGCGAAUAAAAACAUAAUAUAUAUAGAAUUUAAACAUUAAAAAUAAACUAUAAAAAUAACACCAGGACAGACAAUAAAAUUUGGAAUUGAAUAACAGAAUUGAUUGAAACAACACUUCAGCACUUCUAAUACUUAACACUAAAUAAUUAUAUGUGGAUGCUCAAAGAAUUCCUCAAUGUCAUAGAAAGGAUUUUCACUCAGCCAAAUAUCCAAUUUAUUGAGAAAAGUCAUAUUAUCAUAUUUGUUAAUGGACCCCAACAAACUAUUGUAAACCUUUUUGUACAUUAUACAGUGACUAUUAAGAGAUUCACUUAAUCUGCAAUAUUGGAAAUUCAUUUUACCCCUAUUACGUGUGCUGUCUGAGUGGACAUGUUCAUUAAGAGUUAUUUCUGGUAAUUUCUUUAAAGAGUAAGCAGCAAGUUCAAAGAUGUAAAGAUUGAUGACAGUAUUAAUAUUUAAUUUUAUAAAUAUAGGCUUACAGUGAUCCAAGAGACCUGAAGCAUUGAUAAUUCUAACAACUUUCUUUUGCAACCUCAAUAUCUCUGCAACCCUCGGAGAAUUGCCCCAUACAAGAAGACAGUAUUUAAUAAGGGACUGAAAAAACGCAAAGUAAGCCAUUCUCACACUAUGUGGAGUCACACAUUGCUUCAGACGUCCAAUGAGAUAGAUGACUCUUGAAAGCCUAGCUUUUAAAUAAUCAAUGUGUUUUCCCCAGGCCAGUUGAUGAUCAAUGCGUACCCCCAAAAAUUUAACAUUAUUUACAAUAUCCUGCUGACUAUAUUCAUUAUCAUUUAUGGUCUCAGACUAAAUAUGACAUUUUCAGUCUUAUUAGCAUUUAAAAGAUAUCCAUUUGCUCUGAACCAGGCUCCUGCUCCAUCGAGUGAGUUAUUAACAACAUUUGAGAGCUUAGCCAUAUCAUUAGAGACAUUCAAAAAGGUAGUAUCAUCCGCAUAUAAUACUGCUCUGCUCAAAACAUUGUGAGGCAAAUCAUUGAUACUUAUAAGGAAUAAUAGAGGACUCAGGACGGAUCCUUGAGGUACGCCAUACUUCAGGAAAAUUACAUCAGACCACUCUCCAUUGACGCAGAUGGUCUGCUUUCUAUUCUUCAGUUGAACUAACGGGCAAGUUACAAUUGCAUCGGGAUGAUGACAUCCAUUUUGGAACAAGAAACUAUCAAUGUCAUCAAGGAAGAGAUACUAAUGAGUAUCAGAAAAGAAAAUAUGCUCAACUUAGAGACAAAAUGGCACAAGAGGAUCAUUGUUUCUUCAAAAGAUAUAAACAAGCUCAAACCACAAAAAUGCUUGGCUGCUCUGCCAAGGUUCAAGUCACAAGAAUCAUUAAAAUGUUCCAGUACAAGUUAACUUGAUUGAUCUCAAAGCCUGCUAAGGACAGAGUGUCUCGACUGAUCAAGAAAAAGGUAUCCUCAUAGGUGAAGAGAUGUAUUUGAUGAAACUCCCAAACCAAGAUGACCACAAAUAUCACUUACAAGGAUCCAAUGCUGCUGCAGUGGAACCAGUUGAUCAACGAGUGAGAGAUCAUAUUGAAAAAUUGGUUUGUCGAGGAGAGAGAAAUCCAAUUGUAGUUUCAAAGCUACUAGGAAUAUUCGUAGAGCAGGAACUACAAGAAAGUAAUCAUCAAAGACGACGAUUCUACCCAGACCUUAGAACAGUACAUAAUAUAAUAUCUACUGUGAAAGGCUAAUUGAAAAAAGCCCCAUCGACCAAGUGAAAAGCUGAAAAAGCUUGAUUCCAGUCAGCAGGUAUUUUUCAGACCAUGCACUAGUAUGGACAGUGCUGAGGAAGAUGGUAGUAGUUUGCAAGAAUGCAAACAGAGCAAUCUGCUCUUUGUUUAUCAAAACAAAGAAAUGGCUCAUUCAUAUAGAAAAUAUGGCAUGAAUACAAUACUAUUAGAUGCAACUUACAGGACAUGUAAGUAUGCCCUACCGUUGUAUUUCAUAGUAGUUGAAACCAAUGUCAACUACCAAUUUGUGGGUGUAAUAAUAACCCAAUUCGAGACAAAGGAAUCUGUAACAGAAGGGCUGGAAAUAUUCAAAAGAUGGAAUCCAGAUAUUCACCCCAAGUACGGGAUGGUGGACUACGCGACAGAGGAAAUAGCCAGCCUGGAGGCUGUAUUUCCCUCAAUGAAAGUAUUUAUUUGCACAUUCCACAGGGAACAGGCGUGGGCUAGAUGGCUCUCAAAGGGAAGCAACUCCAAUAUUCCAAAACAGGAAGCUAUCAAAUUACUGCGGCAGGCUGCAAACGCACCAACAAAAGGUGAUAUGGAGGCUGCUCUGCGGAUAUUGAGAACAUGGGAAGUGUAUCGGACUACUAAUUUAAAGUCCUUUUUUGAAUUGACUUGGUACAAAGAGGUUGAAAGGUGGACAUCAUCAAGCAAACCGUUUGACAUGCACAUCAACACAAAUAAUCGAGUUGAGCGUUUAAAUAAGGAACAAAAAUACAGUCACUUGGAGGGAUUCAAAAACUGUUCCCUUUCAGAGUUGAUAGACGUUCUAAUUUUCCAGUUCCUUCCAGAAAGGUAUGCUAGAUACGUUUCUGAAAACCUGAUAAUGACUCCCCAAUAUAGAAAAUAUGGUGAUAAUAUCCCCCCAUAUCUUCAUGGAAGGCCGAAGUGGCUGAUAGACCAUGUCGUCAUCUCUAGGCUUUCGUUGGUCCACAAUACCUCUGCUGAGGAAGUGAUUGAGGUGGAUGAAGGUGUAUUCAAAGUCUGUUCAAUGACAACAACACCACAAGUCGAAUAUAAUGUGAAAUUUGAUGCUUUGGAAAAAUGGUGUAGCUUUACAUGCGCAGACUAUUCCAAAGAAAGGUUAGUUUGUAAGCAUGUCAUUCCGGUUGGAUUUAAAUUCCCGAAUUGGAGAUUAGAGAAAAUUUACAAGUGGCUUUUCAGUAAUCCGGUAUUCAAGUAUGAUUAAAAUUUGGUUACUGAACAGCCAAGUGAGAUUGGAGCUGACUCUGUAGAGAAGUCAAUUACAUCAAAUGAAAAUAACACCGAAGAGCAAAGUCAAAUUGCAGCUGAUGUGACAGACAACUCCUCAAGUGGGUAUGGAAAAAUUCCAUUGAGGGGUAGCAAACGUAAGAAUAUUAUAAACGACUGUAAUGCUACAAUGCGUUCGAUCACAUCGGCUCUAUGGUAUGUGGAAGAGGAA